AUGGAGGGCAGUGUGGACGAGGAGGCGCUGCACCAGCUGUACCUGUGGAUAGACAACAUCCCUCUGUCCCGCCCCAAGAGAAAUCUCUCCCGGGACUUCAGCGACGGAGUCCUGGUUGCAGAAGUCAUCAAGUUUUAUUUCCCCAAGAUGGUGGAGAUGCACAACUAUGUCCCUGCCAACUCUCUCCAGCAGAAGCUCAGCAACUGGGGUCACCUGAACAGGAAGGUGCUGCACAAGCUGAACUUCUCGGUGCCGGAGGACGUGAUGCUCCAGAUCGUGCAGUGCACGCCGGGCGUGGUGGAGCUGGUGCUCAUUCCCCUGAGGCAGCGCCUGGAGGAGCGGCGGAGACGCAGGAAGCAGGGCUCGGGCUCCUUACAGGAGCUGGUUCCCCAGGAUGGCAGUGGCUACAUGGAUGUGGGUUUGCCCCAGAAGGCCCGAGGGGAAGGUGCCCAGGACCCCCAGGCAGGGGGGCAGCUCAGGGGGGGCCGGCAGCCGGCGGCACGGCGGCCCGGAUAUGGCCAGAUGCAGCACGGGGACCCAAGCUUCGUCCUCCAGAUUGCUGAGAAGGAGCAGGAAUUGCUGGCCUCGCAGGAGACGGUGCAGGUCCUGCAGAUGAAGGUGCGGCGCUUGGAGCACCUGCUUCAGCUCAAGAACGUGCGCAUCGACGACCUCUCCCGCCGGCUCCAGCUAGCCGAACGGAAGCAGCGGUGA